GUGCAAGUGAAGUGGCCUUUUCCCUUCCCUGACCAUGGCAUUUUGGCUUUGGGCCCUCUUGGUGUUGAUGAGUACAGAGAGUGCAAGAGCUGAAGAUCCAGGAUUCAAAGCUUGUAGACUUCAAGGCAAAAAGGUACUAGAAGUCCUACCUGGAGGUGGCUGGGACAACUUGCGCAAUGUGGAGAUGGGCAAGGUCAUGACCCUCAACUACUCCCAAUGCCAGACCACUGAAGAUGGUGAGUACCUCAUUCCCAAUGAUGUCUUUGUGGUGCCCCUCAAGAAGAGCAUAAUGGAGGUCCACUCUGAAAUUAUUAAAGACUGGCUGUCCUACACUGAUGCAUUUUCCAAAUCCAUCAAUGCUGAGGCAUCCUACCUCACUGUGCUCAAUGGCAGGUUCUCCACUGGUUGCCAAGAAACGAAGACCCACAAUGUCUAUGAUGAGACAGUCACCACAAGAGUGCAAGUACGGCAUCACAUCUACUCUGUGAAAGCUCAAACGUCCUUCACUUUCCACAAGGACUUCCGCCAUCAGCUUGUGAGCAUAGGCAACCAGCUGGAGAACAACCAGAGUCGGAUUGCUGAGUACAUGGCAGAAAUGCUGGUAUUAAGCUACGGCACACAUGUCCUCACAAGUGUGGAGGCUGGAGCGUCCCUCAUACAAGAAGAUCAGGUGAAAAAAAAGUUUUUGCUGGACAACGAUGCUCAGAAGGCAAGCAUCACUGCCUCUGCCUCUGUUACUUUUUUCCACAAAAUCAAUGUGGGAAUUGGGACCUCCAUGGAAAGUUUGAGUAAUAUAACUAAGGAGUAUGUGGCAAAUACAAUAAAUUCCAAAUUGGGGGGCUGGGGCAGUGUGCCCUUCUAUCCUGGCAUCACCCUCCAGAAAUGGCAGGAAGGCAUCCCCAAUGGUUUAGUAGCAAUAGGCAAGUCAGGGCUUCCACUGCCAUUUUUCAUCACCCCUGAUGCCUUACCUGAAUUGCCAGAGCCUACAGUUCGUCGAGUGGCCACUACGGUGGAAAAUGCUAUCCGCCUCUACUAUGCAAUCAACACCCACCCAGGCUGCGUUGAGCCCAGCUCGAUGAAUUUCAACUUCCAGGCCAAUGUUGAUGAUGGCUCGUGCCAAAAUCCCAGCACCAAUUAUACCUUUGGUGGAAUCUUUCAGGAGUGCCACGGGGUUUCGGGACAGGACCCAGAAGAGCUUUGCCAAGCUUACCGUAUCCAGAACCCCUUGACUGGCAACUACUCUUGCCCACAGAACUAUUCGGCUGUCCUGCUGCAUGAAGAGCAGCGUACAGCCAACCAGCCCAAGAUGGAGUGUCAUCAGCAGUGCCAUACUUGCUGGCUUGUCCUUAAGUGCUGUAAGAACGUGUGCGGCAUCCGCUACUACCCCAGCACAGUGAAGUUCUUUGCUUAUUGGUGUGCUGCCGCAGGUCCAAUAGCUCAGAGUACCGGAUUUCUCUUUGGAGGACUCUACAGUACCGGGAAUGAGAACCCGGUGACUAGCACCUAUACCUGUCCGGCCUACUACUUCCCCUUGGUCCUGUUUGAUAAUCUGAAGGUGUGCGUCAGCAAUGACUACGAGAUGGGCUCCCGCUUUGCGGUGCCCUUUGGUGGGUUCUUCAGCUGCCAGUCUGGCAAUCCUCUGGCAGGCUUACGGAAGGGCCAAAGCCCUGGAAUCCUCCAGGAUUUUUUCUACCAAGAUUCUCCUACUAAAUACCCCAUGAAAUGUCCAGCUGGACAUAGUCAACAUAAGGCGUAUUUGAGCGAUGGCUGUGAAAUUCUCUAUUGUUUGCAGGCAGGGACACUUUUUGCUCAGCAAUUGGCUCCCAUCAAGCUCCCCCCUUUUCUGCGCACGCCGUCCCCAAAUGGCAGCCUUUCUGAAACGAUCCUGGUGAGCACCGAAGGUAGCCAAGCCUGGGUCAAAAUACCGCAGAGUGGGAGCUGGAGGUUGGCCAAUGGCACCGAACGGAAGGAAAUAGCUCUUCUUUUCCAAGGAAGCAACAGUUUGGGACUAUCAAGUGGGGCCAUUGCUGGGAUUUGCAUCGCAGUGAUGGUAGUCUUGGUUAUCUUCGUUUUUAUUGUGUUCAGAAUUCGACGCUACAAGAUGAGAGGCUACCAAGAGGUGAUAAAUGAGGACCUAGGCAAUGAUGGCAGAAACUAUAGAACCACAGAGACACCUCCAGAACUUAGUGCUGCAUAAAACACCUUUUCAUCUAUUCUUUGAAGUUUAAUUCCAAUUGUGGGGAGCUGAAUCUGGAAAGUGGGAGAGGCAGAAUAAUAAUGGAGAGCUGCGUAGGGGUAGGGGAAGUAAGCAUUAACUAUGAGUGUACCUAAAAAUGUUUGACCGAAAUGAUGAUAACCACCUUCCAAAGCAAAAAAAAUAAUUUGCUUUGAAUAAUUAAUAGGUAAUUAAUAAUUCACUUACCUGAAUGCAGGUAAAAUAAGCAAUCUGAGAGAAAUCAGUUGAAAGAUCUAGACUUUAUCCUGAAUGUCAAAUUACAUCAACAAAAGAAAAUCAAUUCAGAGGUAACAAUAUAGCUUUUUGUUUGAGCAACUGUAGUUCUGCAGCUGAAAGAGAACAGAUUACACAGACAAGAUAGGAAAGUAUUUAAAAGUAAUUUUAGCAGACUGAGACAUGAUUUAGAGCAAGAACAGCUCUUUCUGUAAUGCACUGAGAAUUCAUUUAUAUGUAAGGGGAUUUGUUUUACUCUAAUUGCAUCUUGACAGCCAUCAUUUGAUACAUUUUUAAAAAGCGGAUGAGCAACACUACCAAGUAGAAGCAAGCUUGCUUUGGCAAUAGCUCAACACAUUCUUUGUCAGUUUAAUAAAUUCUGUGUUGUUGUUUAGAAAAAAAUCAUCACCACUUAGGUGAUGAUUUUUCAUCACUGCCUUAUGUAAUUAGCCCUAAUUGGUAAGAUUGAGAUAACUGCUUUUA